CCCUCCAUUCCUGUGGUUUAUACACCUCUCUCCAACUCAACCAAAAAACCCACCUCUCAUUCUUCGCUUCAAGAACAUUCCUCGGUGGCAAAUUUUCUCUGCUUUGAUGUAGAGACUAGAGGCCUCUGUCUCUCCCCUUUGUAUUCAAAAGAAAGGUUUCCUCGAGGGGGCAUAGAACUAGAGAGGAGGAGGAGGACGUGAGUCGAACUCUUUCGAUUUUCGUCGUGGUGUCAGGUGUGGAGAGUAAAUAUAUUGCCCUCCACCACCGUUAUCACCUCUCUCUCCUUCACAUUUUGAAAUCUCGUUGCAAAAAAGGGUCACUUUUGAAACCAAUACAGUUACAGUAUAGCUACUUUGGCAAUCUGGCAGGGUUUCAACAAACACAUUAUCUCAAAGCUUCUGGAGAGAAGCUGCAGCAGAUACAACUCUGGCCGACAAUCACAAAUUCUCAGGAGCCGGAAGAGCUGGCCUUGGUCUUCGGUUUUCCGGUUUCGAUUGGCCUCUGUUAAUUGUUUGGUGCCUCCCCAUUGAUAAUGGUUAACCCCUGAUCCAAUGUGAUCGAGUUUUUAGUGGUGCAGCCUCAAAGCAAUCAGACCUUUAGUUUGGAGAUGCGAGCUUGACCUUGGAAGAAAACAUCAACAAAUCAAAGACUAGGAGAAUACCAAAGCUUUGUUUGAUCUUGAGGAUUCAGGAGUUUAUCAUAUUCAGAAUGGCAAAAAUUAGUUGCUUCUCUCUAAUUGUUAGGAAGAAGAAGAAGGUUAAGGGAGAUGGUGAAUCUGCAAAAGCAGGUGAAGUGGACAAGGCAAUUAGGACCCUGCAACUCAGGCUUCAACAACAACCUGUGAAAACUGUGGAAGUUAAUGGGUUGAAGCCUUUGAAAUCUUUCGGAGCCUUUAUCCCUUAUGGUGUUGACAAGAAACAUAUCAAGGACAAGGUGAAGAGUCCUGAUAGCCUUAUUGGGUUACGUGAAGCAGCCUAUGAAGCUGAAGAUGAGCAUGGAGAGAGCUCCAUCAACUCUAAUGGCUCUGAUCUUCAGGUCAGUGAAACCAAUGCGGGGGAAGAGGUCUCAUUAAGGAAGAUGGAUUGCUGUGAAUCUGAUAAGGACUCUGGGAGGGGUGUGGAUAGACUAGAAAGUGGGCAUCUUAGUGAUCCUGGGGUUGUGAAAGCAGAGUUUUGGGGUUCAAGAAAGCUAACUCGGUCUUGCUCGAAUUUGGAGACUCAUAAGGUGGAUGGAAACAUGCAGUCUAAGUUGCGUGUUUGGAAGACACAGUCUUUUGAACAAUUGCAGGAAUUGGAUGAAAGUGUAAGGAAGGAUGUUAAUCCUGGAAGCCCUGCUUCUGUGGGAAGCCAUUUCAGUGCUGAUAAGGUGAUGCUCAAGAAGCAUUCUUCAAGCCAAGUUUUGCCUUCUAGAAGCAGAAGAUUGUGGUGGAAGUUGUUUCUUUGGAGCCAUCGGAACCUGCACAAAUCAUCAUCCACUGCAACGACACCAAAGACACUUCCCAACAAAAUUAAAUUGAAUAAGCAAGGCGGGUACUCUUCGGAUACGCUUGAACCAAACAGAGUUAUGCAAUUCGAAAAGAUGGAAUCACCUCUGUCCUUUAAAUCUGUAGACAAAGGGAAGAACAUCGUGAAUGAUGACCAGAGCUGGACUGGUUUUCAAAUUAGAUCCUCAUCCUUAUGGCCUCAGAACCAAUGGGUUGCAUUCUCAACAGAAGCAUCCUCAUCUUCGAGAGUGUUAGACUGGAUGAAAGAUCUCGACACAACACCCUCCUCACUUCCAUCUAACGAAGAUAAAGAUGAUGGAGUCGUCACUCCACAAACCCCGCCCUCUCCUCAAACUCCUGGAUCAAGAAGCUCAACUUACUUCACUCGAGGUCCCGAUGCCAACCUUUCAGAGGAUACAUUGCAUGCUAAUACCGUAAUCCAGACUCUAAAUUCUUCGUCAACAGUGGCUCACAUCUCUGGUAUGGGCUUAAAAGCCAUCCCUAUCAUUUCAUGCUUCUGCAGCCUUCGAUCCGUUAACUUGUCAAACAACUUCAUAGUUCACAUCACUCCAGGAUCGCUGCCAAAGAGCCUUCACACACUUGAUUUGUCCAAAAACAAGAUCAGCUCCAUUGAAGGACUGAGAGAAUUAACCCAUUUGCGAGUACUAAACCUCAGUUACAAUCGGAUUUCUAGAAUUGGACGCGGGUUAUCAAGCUGUAGCAUACUUAAGGAGCUCUAUCUUGCUGGGAACAAGAUCAGUGAUGUUGAAGGUCUACACAGGCUAUUGAAGCUAACAGUUCUGGACCUGAGCUUCAACAAGAUAACAACAACAAAGGCACUUGGCCAGCUUGUUGCUAACUACAACUCGCUACAGGGUCUGAAUCUAUUAGGCAAUCCGAUCCAGAACAACAUUGGCGAUGAGCAGCUGCGCAAAACUAUUAUAAGUCUUCUCCCAAAGCUAGUCUUCCUGAACAAGCAAGCCAUCAAGCCACCACGAGCGAGGGAGGCAGUUACAGAUAGUGUAGCCAAAGCUGCAUUAGGAAAAUCCGGAUGGAACCCUCGCCGAAAAACAGGUAAGAAGCUUACUCAAAGUUUCUCAUUUACCAAAAAAAGGUCUGAUUCCAUAUCACCAAAGAAAACUCGAACAUUUCCAAACCGCGGUCACAAGAGCUCUGCCAUGGCAAGUGUUGGACACAAGAGAAUGCUGAAGUCCAAGAGCGAAGCCAAAGAGUCAUCAGCUGUGUUUCCUUCUUCAUCCCAUUAGAAGCUUUUUCGUUUUAGGGACCUUGCACAAAAUUUGGUGCACACAAACAUUCUAGGAGGGGUCUCUCCCUUCCUAUGUGUUUCACUUACAGUCUGUAGAGCUAUACAAAACCUGGUGGUUUCAUGUAAUCAGUUUUUGCCCGUCAGUUAAUAAUAUGGUGCAGGCUGCAGUUUUUUUUUUUCGAA